UCUAUAAAACAAAGAGCCAUACCUUCACUAAGACAAAGAGGACUUUACCAAGCUCGACGACACACGCUCGACAACGCUGCAAAUUCCAGAAUCCCGAUAAAUCAGGCAAUUGCAUUGAUCACAUAAUAAACAACACAAUGAAGAGGUUUCAACAGAGGGCUUAUAAGCGUAGAUGGGCUGCCACAACUAGGCAUUUGAAGAAGCAAUGCCGACAGUCAACUUUAGAAUUAGAGAGUGAUGAUAGCGAGCAAGAGAAUGACACGACAAUCUUUACAACUCCAGAAACAGUGACAACCCUUCAGUACAUGGAUGCUGCGGAGACUGCUUCUUGCACUGACGACGAAGAGGAAAUUCGGCCAAAAAAGAAGUGCAGAAAAGAGAAAUCACAGAUCCUCAUCCAGGCACCCCCACUGCCAGUGCUCCCACCAUUGAACUUUCCAAUCUCCAGCGAGUACCAGACCACUUCAGCCAGUACCAGCCAAUACUACACCACUCCAAGGCAUCCAGGCCGACCUCACAGCCCAGCGAGAAGCAGCACUUACAGGCUCAGUCCAGACAGGAAUCAUGCAUCUAGCUCAAGCCAGUACCAAACCACUCCAGCCAGUAUGAGUCAGUACCAGACCACUCCAAGAAGCAGCAGGAAUGCCCUUGAAAGUGAACUUUUCCAGUUAAACAUGAAAGUUCAAAAACUAGUUGAGAACCAGGGAGAACUGAUGCGCAUGCUGAGAGGGCUGGCAGCACAGUCUGUGGGGCCAGAAGCUGUGGAUGUUCAAGAUCUCAUUGAGAAGCCUUUCGAGACUCUUGAGCAGCUUAAGACCUUCAGUGAACAGCUCGACACUGAUCUUCUGCUCAGAAAGCAGCUGGUGAAAGCUCUUACUGCUCUUGGUGGGCAGAAUUUGGCAGACACAGUGAGGACAAUGCUGAGGAAAAUUGCCACAAACAAAGUCCUGGAGCAGCUUGGUCUCCGUGGAAAGACAGGCAAAGUGGCAUUUGAGGACUUGCCCUUUUACAGAAUAAUAAUAAAGGCAUGCAGGGGUGUUCACAAACAGACGAUCACAGCUGAAGUAGAUUGUGAGCUUGGAGAGGUCCUGAAACUGGCCACUUUUCGAAAGGGAGGUUCAAAGUUUGAGGAGAAGAGGAGGAAUUAAGAGGAAGCGACGGCGAAGAAGGGCAAAGGGAGGUGUACAAAGGAAAUGGACAGUGAGAUGAGUGACCAGGUAAAUGAUAAAGUAAUUAUGCCAAUGUUUUAAAUCAAUUCAUGAAGAUCCCAGUUCUGUGUUGAAUUAGCAAUUAUAAACACUCGAUUGUAUUGUACAUAUGUCCCGGCAAGAAAUCUGCGUUCAAAGAACUCCGGCUUAUUAUUGAUACCCAGAGCCCAAAAAAAGUCUGCGGGCUAUAGAGCGUUUCCUAUUCAGGCUCCAGUACUAUGGAAUGCCCUCCCGGUAACAAUUAGAGAUGCUACCUCAGUAGAAGCAUUUAAGUCCCAUCUUAAAACUCAUUUGUAUACUCUAGCCUUUAAAUAGACCCCCCUUUUAGACCAGUUGAUCUGCCGUUUCUUUUUUCUCCUCUGCUCCCCUCUUCCUUGUGGGGGGGGGGGGGGCACAGGUCCGGUGGCCAUGGAUGAAGUGCUGGCUGUCCAGAGUCGGGACCCGUGGUGGACCGCUUGCCUGUGCAUCGGCUGGGAACAUCUCUGCGCUGCUGACCCGUCUCCGCUCGGGAUGUGUACAAAGGAAUAGGACAGUGAUAUGAGUGACCAGGAAGCGACGGCGAAGAAGGGCAAAGGGAGGUGUACAAAGGAAUAGGACAGUGAUAUGAGUGACCAGGAAGCGACGGCGAAGAAGGGCAAAGGGAAUGGACAGUGAGAUGAGUGACCAGGAAGUGAAGAAGAAGAAAACAGGGAAAGGGAAAAGAACCAAGCAAACGCCAGUGAGACCAGUGAGCAUUGAGCAGGAAGAGAACCAACAAGAAGGGGCAGGAGUACACUGACGCGCACGACCAAGACCACAGCAUUCCAUUUCUAUUGUAUUAUAAUUAUCACUAAUAAAGAAUUAUUGUUGAA